AUGACUGCAUCAGCGCCGUGAGGCAUUGUGGGUGUUGGAGUCUUCCCCCAACAGUUGAUGUUGGAGAAAUGGCGCUAAUUAAGAACAGACAUUCCUGAACAUGGAAACCAAAGGAUCCCGCUGAUAUUGGUGAACUUUCCCUGUCCCUCCUCACUCUGCUGACAGCUGCUUGCCAGAGUCCAGAUGAAUGCCAAAGGUCUCCAGAGACGGUGUGAGGGGAAACUGACUUUGAGGAGCAGUGGUGUGUGAAUCUCUGUGGUGUCACUCCUCUGCCAAUGGGUUACAGGUGUGCUCUGGAGGUCGCAGCACGCAAUGGGCACAGGGCAGGGAGCAUCCAGGACCAAUGAUCAGUAGCCCAUCGGCUAUUGUCUUAAGACGAAUAAGCACCAGUGUAGACAGUGGAUAUCUGGACCAAGACUCUGUCUUCCAUUCGCAGUACACUGUUUACAGUCCGAAUCCAACGUUUCUCCACACAAUCCACAAGCUGCCAUACUUUUGAAGAGUCUUGGAGUGCAGCGUGCCGGUUACAGGCUGAAACCCCUCACCGUCGCACUGGGACGGCUUCGCUCCCUCCAGGAUCCGAUGAUUACAGGGCAGCUGAGCAAGCCGCUGCUCUCCCUGCGCAGCAACAUGAGCGCGGCAGAACUCCGGGCGGAUGACAAAGCGGCCACCCCAGACAGCGAGCUGAACGACGAGCCCCUGCUCCUGCCCUCCGAGGCCACGGACAGAGAGGGCACUCCCACCAAGCUUUACGGAGUUCGCGACGGCUCGGUCCAGUCUGAUGCAAGCAGCAGUCCGUCAGAGCAGAGUCAGCUAGGCCAGUCUCAUCCGGGAUACCCAAUGGGUCCACAGUCUCUCCUGGUGGCACAGCAGCUGGCAAAUGCAGUAGGUGGUGUGAUGUCUGGGGCAGCGCCGGGCAUGAACCAGCCCAUCCUCAUCCCCUUCAACGCAGGUGGACACCUGGGCGGGCAGCAGGGCCUGGUCCUCUCCCUGCCCACAGCCAACAUCCAGAGCCUGGUGGCUGCUGCUGCUGCAGGGGGCAUCAUGACGCUCCCCCUCCAGAACCUGCAAGCUACCUCAUCACUCAACUCCCAACUCCAGCACCUGCAGCAGCUCCAACAGAUGCAGCAGCACCACCACCACCAGCAGCAGCAGCAACAGCAGCAUCAGCAGCAACAGCAGCAGCAACACCAUCACAAACAGACUCACUCCCACACCCAGAAUCAACUGCCAUCCCAACAUCACAUGACCCAACCCAACCAGCAUCAGCAGACCUCGGUCCCAUCUCCAGGCUCUGCCUGCUCCUCCACCUCUGGACAGCCGCAGCAGUCUCCACAACACCGACCAAACCAGUCGCCAGUCCGCAGCCUCCCGUCUCCCGUCACCCCACCCAUGCCUUUGCCGCUGAAUCCUCUGGCCAGCCAGGCGGCGGUAGCAGCAGCAGCAGCCAUGGGUUCCAUCGCUGGUUCUCAGGUGUUUGGCAAUACCCUGUCAAACCUGCAAGGAGCCACCGGGCAGCUGGUCACCAACGCACAAGGACAGGUGAGCCAUAUAAUUGGAACAAUCCCACUGAUGCCCAACUCUGCAGGGCCCUCCAGCCAAUCAGGGGGUGGCAACCCGGCACUGCAGGUACAGCCAAUUACACCUCAGCUUCUGACCAACGCUCAAGGCCAGAUCAUCGCCACGGUGAUCGGCAAUCAGAUUCUGCCUGUCAUCAACACCCAGGGAAUCACACUGUCACCAAUCAAGCCUGGACAGCAGCUGCCUCAGGCUCAGCAGAGUCAGACCGGCCCUGUAUCGUCUCAGCCCAACCUGCUCCACAUGCCCCACAGACAGAGUCCUCUCCACCAGGCCUCUUCCUCCUCCUCCACCUCCUCCUCUUCCUCGGCUCUCAGCGUGGGGCAGCUUGUCAGCAACCCACAGACCGCCCCCAGCGAGGUGGACGGGGUCAACCUGGAGGAGAUUCGGGAAUUCGCCAAAGCAUUCAAGAUCCGCCGGCUGUCCCUGGGCCUGACACAGACCCAGGUGGGCCAGGCGCUCAGCGCUGCCGAGGGGCCGGCAUACAGUCAGUCUGCCAUCUGCAGACACACCAUCCUGAGAAGCCACUUUUUCCUACCACAGGAAGCCCAAGAGAACACUAUAGGUAGCAGUCUGACAGGCAAACUGAACCCUGGCCUUUUAUAUCCUGCCAGGUUUGAGAAGUUGGACAUCACCCCUAAAAGCGCCCAGAAGAUUAAGCCCGUUCUGGAGCGCUGGAUGGCCGAGGCUGAAGCCCGCCACAGAUCCGGCAUGCAGAACCUGACUGAGUUUAUCGGCAGCGAGCCAUCAAAAAAACGCAAGCGGAGGACCUCUUUCACCCCGCAGGCGCUCGAGAUCCUCAACAGCCACUUUGAGAAGAACACGCACCCCUCCGGACAGGAAAUGACGGAAAUAGCAGAGAAGCUGAACUAUGACCGGGAGGUUGUGCGAGUCUGGUUCUGCAACAAGAGACAAGCGUUGAAAAACACGAUAAAGCGUUUGAAACAGCCCGAACUCGGCGCGGCUGCACCAAUGGACCCUCUCACCGAUUCUCUAGAGGAGCUCCCGAAGUGAACGAGCCCUCCGACACCAAAAAAAAAAAAAAGGCAGCCAUUAAAAACAAGAAAAGGUGGAUGAACUCUCGAAAUGAGAACUGAGAAAUGUUCCCAGUCACCUGGACGGACAGUGAUGAGUCUGCAAACAAAAACUAUGUGUUGUCAGUGUGAUUACCACAGUUGUGUAAAUGACCUUGGCGAAACCAAAAAGAAGAAAAAAGAGAUUAAUAUGUGAGAAUUAUGUAAAAACAUAUGGUGUGCUGUUUUCAAAGAGUUUUAGAUUCUGGCCUGACGGACCAGACUAUCGAAACCCAAAUUUUGGUUCCUACCAGGAGGGAUUUAAUAAAGAGAUCAUACCAAAUCAAAACACUAUUUACCAAAGUCUGUUGCAUCUGAGUACUAAGAAUAAUUUUGUAAUGUAAAUGUGCUCUAAAUUUUUACAUUUGUACUGGCAAAUCUAAGCUAUAUGUGUGAGGUUGAGUAUACAUUUUAUCUUUGUCUCGCUUACUUUUUUCUUCAUUGUUUGUAUGUAAAUAUCUAAAACAACAAAAAAAAAGAAAAACGCUGUCUUCAGAUUGAAAUCACACUGAUAAAGUUUCUCUUUUUGGAUGAAAAAAAUUACCUUUGCUGUUAAACAAUUGCAUAAUAAUGUCGUUUUGCCUCCGAUUUGUGUUUCAUCUGCAGAUAUUUUCAGUGGAACUUUGUACGACUUUUACAGGUAUUUAUUAACGAUCACAGAAAUUCAAGGACUGUCACGUGAUGAUGAAGAGGAGGGGGAGGGGGAGGAGGAGGGUUUCGGUGUCUUGUCGAGUCGACUGCAAGCUUUGUUUUGAGCUAACGUGUCAUCAUUCUGUUGCCAAAGCCUGAUAGCCAAAGAACACAAACAUUCAGCUCAAGGACUGGGGAACGAUUUUACCGUUUUGUUCACAUGUUCACUUUCUACCCCCUUUUUUUCUGAAUUCUUAUUUUGUGUAAGUAAAAAAAGAAAAAUCACAAUGUCAUGUCAAAGAGCUGAACUGUCUGCCGUCAUUUUUUAAAUCUUGGUAAACACAGAAAAUUGGUUGGAAACAUUUUCUUUUAAUCUAAUUUGCGUCUGCAUGUUUCAACUCAAACCACGUGAAGAAGAAUUAUCACAGAAAGUCACUGAAAAUAUUUUUACACAACAAACCCUUUAAUUCGGCCCAAACAUUAUGUAAACUUGUGGUCGAAGCUUUUCUUCUU